GAGGCGGGGCGGAUGCAGGAGUGGGUGUGUCUGGGGCGGGGCCUGGCAGGUCCCAGAAGGUGGCAAUUUUCGCGGCCAGAGGCUUCUAGGUCCCGGUGGAGAGGCCGGGCUGGCCGGGGCUUCGGCCUCCGGCAUCGGGAAAUGGCGGCGGGGGGCAGGAUGGAGGACGGUUCCUUGGAUAUCACCCAGAGUAUUGAAGACGACCCACUUCUGGAUGCCCAGCUUCUCCCACAUCACUCAUUACAAGCUCACUUUAGACCCCGGUUCCAUCCUCUUCCUACAGUCAUCAUAGUGAAUCUUCUGUGGUUUAUUCAUCUUGUGUUUGUUAUUUUAGCAUUUUUAACAGGUGUGCUUUGUUCUUAUCCUAAUCCAAAUGAGGACAAGUGCCCAGGAAAUUACACAAACCCACUGAAAGUUCAGACGGUUAUAAUCCUUGGGAAAGUUAUUUUGUGGAUUCUCCAUUUACUCCUUGAGUGCUACAUCCAGUAUCACCACAGCAAAAUCAGAAACCGAGGCUAUAACUUGAUCUACCGAUCGACAAGGCAUCUCAAGAGACUUGCGUUAAUGAUACACUCCUCUGGCAACACAGUGCUUCUCCUCAUACUGUGCAUGCAGCACUCCUUCCCAGAGCCCGGCAGAUUGUAUCUUGACCUCAUUCUGGCCAUCUUGGCCCUGGAACUCAUCUGUUCCCUGAUAUGUCUCCUCAUUUACACAGUGAAAAUCCAGAGAUUUAAUAAAGCUAAACCAGAGCCUGAUAUACUUGAGGAAGAAAAAAUCUAUGCUUACCCCAGCAAUAUUACCUCGGAGACUGGAUUCAGGACUAUUUCAGGCCUAGAAGAAAUUGUUGAAAAGCAAGGAGACACCAUUGAAUACCUGAAGCGACACAAUGCGCUGCUGAGUAAGCGGUUGUUGGCUCUCACUUCCUCAGACCUGGACGGCCAGCCAAGUAGAACGUGAGAGGCUCGUGGUCAUGACAGCAAUUGCAGAGGAACCCAGAGUCAUUCAGACUGCUUGACCACCUGACAGGCUGCCACAGGGAACUGCAGUUCACAGUGUUUGCUGGAAAGCUGAAUUUGGUUCUGACUUCUGUGGCUGUUUAAAAUAUAGGGCUUGUAGGUCACUUGAAAAGUACCUGUAGAAGCCCGGGUAACUUGAGGGCAAUGUCUGUUUUGUACUUUUGGAAAGUAUUUAACUGUUUGGUUUAUCCUAGAAUCAGAGGCUAAACAACUCCAUAGUCAACACUUUUCCACCUCACAUUAGAACCCUGUAAUGAUUUCAUUAUGGAUAGGGGAAGUCUAACAAGACAAUCGAUUUUAAAGAGGGUUUUAAUCAAAUAAGUUCUUCCCACUUUUAAGCUGAUGAAAGAAGUCAUUAUUUCUUGUGAAUGUUUUUCCUGGAGAGCCUUAUCAUGUAUUAUAUAUGCUUAUGUGGUGGUGGAUGACAUCAUGGACCAUGUAGCUUUUAUAGAGAAUUUUCUCACCAUAGAACUGAGGUCUCACCAGAUGAUCUACUAUGCAAACUUCUACAGUUUUCUAUUCUUAAGAAAUAAGGGCCGGGCGCGGCAGAUCACAAGGUCAGGAGAUCGAGACCAUCCUGGCUAACACGGUGAAACCCCGUCUCUACUGAAAAUACAAAAAAAUUAGCCGGGCAUGGUGGUGGGUGCCUGUAGUCCCAGCUACUCCGGAGGCUGAGGCAGGAGAACGGUGUGGACCCAGGAAGCGGAACUUGCAGUGAGCCAAGAUCGCGCCACCGGACUCCAGCCUGGGUGACACAGCGAGACUCCAUCUCAAAAAAAUAAAAAUAAAAAUAAAUAAGAUAUGAUGAUUGAUUACUUGGACCAGUGUUAGACAAACCUGUGUUGCCUCUUAUAUUGGCAGCACCUUCCAUUAGCAAUAGCUGAAAAAUUCAGAGAAGAAUUUAGAACUUUCACUUUAUUUUUGCCAUUCUUCAAGAAGCUACUGUAUAUUUCAGUCUGGUUAUACCUUCAAUUGAUCAAUAACUUCAAUUAUAGGAAAGGCAUCUUCUGUAAUUUUGAAUUGCUAUAAAAAAAAGAUACCUUUUAAAGCCUUAGAUUAUACUUAAAAAAUGUAAUGGAUAAAAUGCGUAUUAAGUUAUAUGCAGAUAUUAAACAUAUCUGAUUCUCAAGAUAAAAAUGAAGUAUUUUUCAGAGCAAAUGGCAUUAUUUCUCCAUUUUUCCUAGUAUGCCCCUUUAAUUCGUCAAUUUGUUAUUAACUCUGGUAUAUGCUGCCUUAGAAAGACUUUUGGCUGAAUAUGAAGGAAGGGGAUAUUUGUGACUGUAUUCAUCUUUUUUGAUCAUUAGCUGAAUAUUCAAUAUUUGAUAUGUAACUAUAUAGGGAUGUGUUCGAUAUAAUUGUAUAGGCAAGGGAUAUAUUGAUUUGGCCACAUCUGUUUGAUUUAUGGAGGACAAAUACCUGUUUAUUUUAGAUACAGCCAUUGCUGGGGCAUUCUAAAAGUUUUCUACUAAGAUAAAGAUGAUUGCUCAUGCCUGUAAUCUUAGCUACUCAGGAGGCUGAGGCAGGAGGAUCACUCGAGGCCAGGAGUUUGAGACCAGCCUGGGCAACAGUGAGACACUGUCUCUCA